AUUUACUCGAAUGCCUACUGUCUGCAUUUCCAUCAUGGCGGCGCACAGCGGCAGCAGCUCCGUUUCGACCUCUCCAGGGUCUCCCCCGGUUGCGGGGUCGAGUUCCGAGGACGCCCCGCUGCAGUACAGCCUCAUCCUGAAUCACCUGAUCGGGGAUAAGCGGCAGGCACGGGAGCUGAACCCCGCCGUGAUGGGGGGUUUCCCGAAUCCGCACAAAAGCGAGGAGCAAAAGAUGAUCGAGAGAGGCAUGGAGAGCUGCGCCUUUAAAGCGGCACUAGCGUGUGUCGGAGGUUUUGUUUUGGGCGGAGCGUUUGGUGUGUUUACAGCUGGGAUUGAUACCAAUGUCGGCUUUGACCCCAAGGACCCAUUAAGAACACCGACAGCGAAGGAAGUUCUCAAGGACAUGGGGCAAAGAGGGAUGUCUUAUGCCAAAAACUUUGCCAUUGUGGGGGCCAUGUUUUCCUGCUCAGAGUGCUUGAUAGAGUCAUAUCGAGGGAAGUCAGACUGGAAGAAUGCUGUUCUCAGUGGAUGUGUCACAGGGGGUGCCAUUGGAUUCAGAGCUGGGUUGAAAGCUGGAGUCCUCGGAUGUGGAGGCUUUGCUGCUUUUUCUGCAGCGAUCGAGUAUUACCUGCAUUAAUGCACAUCCAGAACAAUAGACUUCUCUCUGCUGCGAUGCUCAAAACAAGUGACCAGCACAAGGCAGGAGUGUGUCAGAGACAUCCUGGGGCCGGAAAACCUGGAAUCACCUUGCAUGUCACUGCUGAGGUCCCUUCAGUUCAGCCUCCAGUGACACAGUGUCCCACUGCUAGGGCUGCAUGGAUGGACUGCAGUAUGUUCAAAACAGGCAGUGUACCCACAGUAUAAAAGCAUGCAACUGGCUUGAGUUUUCCGUAUUCAUGGCUUUGAUUUAGCCACAGAAAAUACUAGACUUUAACUAAAGCAGAAAGUAAAAUGUUUUGACUAUUCAGUGGAUAUGAAGGCAUAUGAAAAAUUUGGAAAGCUCUAAAUGUAACAAAAACUAAGUUACAAUUAAAUCGUUGAGUUAUUGUGAAUGUCUUAUUGUCCAGAAUGUAAGAAGCUGAUGUCUGACACUUUGUAACCUUAUCAGUGGUAGUUCUGAAAUGCAUUGUGGGAAGUCAAAACCUGAACUUGCACGGUCAUACCCUUUUAUCAAUUAAACUUGGCAGGUGCAGGCACCAAAUUAUGUCUGAAAAAAGAUACUGGGACACCACGAGCCGUACAGUACAGUACAUGGCCCUGUAGCCGAUACCUGAAAGGGUUAUUGCAUCCUUCGCCUAAAACGGGCACCUAUUGUUCCACAUUUGCAUUUGUCAGUUUAAUGCUGAAUUUUCACACGGCCAUACAACCCCCCUCAAAUUGGUUAGUUUUUGUUUUUUGCUGCACCAGUGGCCAACUUACUUGAACCCUGCAUAACAAACUUUGUGAAAGACAAAUAAGCGUUUGUGAUGUUUGGUACUCCAUCAAUAGGCCAGCGGACAUUGCAAAAGGCACUGUAGAUACCACUGUAAAAAUAAACUCCAAUGCAGUUUGUGUCCAUGGAUGUUUUCUUAGCCCAGUACAUAUUCAUUAUAAAUGUGAUUGCUUGUCGUCCUAUUUCUGAUCCAAUGUGGGGGCAUAUUUAACAAGUUUAAAACUGGAAUAUGGAGAUUAAAAAGACAUUUUGUACAAA